GGCAUCUACGAGCACGACCGCGUCAGGAUGCAGCGCGCCGUCCUGCGAUGGCUGAGCUUUGCCUGGGCCAUCGUCAUCUGCCUCUGCGCCGGCAGCAUCACGGCCUUCUCGCUCUACGGCCAUCUGUUCCAGUCCAAGCUGCACUACACCCAGGUCCAGGUCAACGUCGUCUCCAUCGGCGCCGAGCUCGGCCUCUACCUCCUCGUCCCCCUCUUUGGAUACCUCUGCGAUCGCCUCGGCCCUGGCGUGCCUGCGGGCCUCGCCGGCAUCCUCUUUGGCGCUGGCUAUCUCCUGGCUGCUCUGGCCUACAGGAGCGGUCCGCCGCCUUCCGCCGCCGGCCAUGGAUGGCCCUUUGGCGUCAUGGUCCUGGCCUUUGGCCUGGUCGGCAUGGGCACGAGCUGCAUGUAUCUGUCUGCCGUCACGACAUGCGCAAAGAACUUUGGACGCGGAAACAGCAAGGGCGUCGCGCUGGCCGUGCCCAUUGCCGCGUUUGGGCUGAGCGGCAUGUGGGAGAGCCAGGUGGGAAGCCGGCUGCUGUACGAGAGGAACGCAGACGGGACCCGGGGCGACGUGGACGUGUUCCGCUUCUUCCUCUUCUUGGGCAUCCUGCUGUUCUGCGUAGGCUCCGUCGGCUUCUUCGCCCUGCGCAUCGUCGACGAGGAGGAGAUGAUUGACGAGGCUGUCGACGAGCUCGAGAGAUCUGGCCUCCUGCAGCGAGACGCCUUCUUCACGCAAGCUGCGCACCACCACGGCUACGGCACCAUGGAGACGCAGGACCUGUCGGAUUCGACAUUUGAUUUCCUGCAGUCCGAGGCUGAGCGCCUCAAGGCCAAGGCUGAAGAGGAGGCUCGCAAGAAGACGUGGCUCCUGAACGAGGAAACUCGUCGCUACAUUAUGGAUCCGACCAUGUGGUGGCUUGCAGGCGGCUUCUUCCUCGUCACUGGACCUGGCGAGGCCUUUAUCAACAACCUGGGCACCAUCAUCGAGACCCUCACACCUGCACACGUCUCGACAAACACCUCGCCAGCAACCCACGUGUCAAUCGUUGCCAUUACCUCUACGCUCGCUCGUCUGGUCACCGGCACUCUCUCUGAUAUCCUUGCUCCUGUUGCCCCGGCGCGCCAACACUGCCGCAAUCCCGAGUCUGUUGAAAACUCGCUCUCCUCGCUUCCACCCCGCGAGCAGCCUCGCAAAUUCACCGUAUCCCGCAUCACAUUCCUUUUGGCCUUUGCCUUUCUCCUCUCGCUCGGCCAACUCCUGCUUGCAAGCGGCUGGGUCCAGAACCACGCCUCCCGCUUCGCAGCCGUUUCCGCACUCAUUGGAGCCGGCUACGGCGCCGUCUUCUCCCUCACCCCCAUUGUCGUCUCCGUCGUCUGGGGCGUCGAGAAUUUCGGCACAAACUGGGGCAUUCUGGCUAUGACGCCUGCUGCUGGCGCCACUCUCUGGGGCUCCGUCUACGCAACCGUCUACCAGAGAGCUGCAGGCACCGCCGAGGCUGGCGUCGAAAAAGAUCCGGAUGACGUCCUCUGUCAUGGUAAAGCUUGCUAUGCCCCGACCUACUGGGCCAUGACUAUUAGCGUCUGGUUUGCCAUGGGUUUGUUCCUGUGGGCGUGGAGGGGCCCUGGCGGAUGGAAGCGAAGGGGUAUUGCUGUCUAAACUCCCUAGACUAUUCUCACCUUUUCAUCUUUGCUACAUGUUAGUUUUUUCGGUCCAUCUGUCUGUCUGUCUAUCCAUUCAUCUGUCUGUCAAAUUGCAUGCAUGCAUGGCGAAGGGGCGUUUUUGCUUCGUGUCUUUGGGCUUUUGAUCUUCCGGCUUGAUUCUUGCAUUGAUUUCCAUUGAUUUCCAUUGAUUUCUGCAUUGAUUUUGCAUUGUAUACAUCAACUAUGCUCCUUUCUC